ACCCCCAUCUCUCAACCCCCGUAGGAUCUGCCGCUUCCUCGACCUGCAUCGGCGCCGCUUCCUCGAUCUGUCCCGGCGCCGUUUGGAUCGUUGCGGCGACGGCUUCGUCGGUUUUCAGCUCCGCCACCUACAUCCUGAAGGGGUACGAUCUCGUGGCUGGAUGGCGACGGACAUGUUGACCAUAUACCUGCACUAUGAAGAUACAAAUCAGGAAGCCAAAAUUUUACAAAGAUCCAUGAUGAGACGUGAUGUCUCGUAUUACGACUUAAUCUUGAUGAUCGAAGAAGUUGGCUUUCAGGCAAUUGACUUUCUGUACUAUGCGAAAAAAACCCGUCUAGGCAGCUCCUACUUAGUUCACAUUUAUGAUGAAGGUCUUGUGAUGAAAAUGUUGUCCGACCCUGAGAUUGUGAAAGCUGUCCAUCUGUAUGUGUCGAAGGAGAAGGCUGACGACCAUAUUGCUCCGCCUAGCAAGCAAAUUGAUGUUGCUCCAUCUAACCAUCCAAAUGAGAGUGUUCUCUUACAGGACGGUGGUGUCUCUGCUGAAGGGGCAGGGCAACUUACUACGCAAGGGCCGCAAAGACCACCACGUAGGUCAAAAAGGUUGAAUGUGAUUCAGGUUACGGACCAACGUGAUGAUGCAGAUGGAGACUGUAACAAUGGUGAGCAAUUCCCACAAGGUCAUGAAUCACAAGCAUUGGUCGAUGAAGAGGGUCAAGUUCACAAUCAAGUAGACAAGGAAGUACGCAAGCGCAAGAGAACAAGCUUGCCAAUUGUCUGGAACAUGCCAAAGGGGCAGAGAAUAGUUGUGAAAUGCAAUGAAGAUAGCCAGCCUAUAGGAGAUGAAGGUGCAAUCUUGGGGAAGUUUCUGGGCACGGUUGCUAGAAAUGGAGGAUUUUGCCCACUAAACCUAAAUGAUUGGCGUCAUGUCAAAAAGAAUAGUGACAAAGUUCGUGUAUCCUCGAUCAUGUGAAAAAUGGAUACUCAAAUCAAUUGGAAGAGACUGGAGGAAAUUUAAGUCUAGUUUGAAAGAUGCUUUCUUCAAACCCGCCAUUGAAAAAAUCCAAACAUCAAGCGAAAGGCUUUGUAUAAGCUCUGUCCAGAAGAUGUGGACGACGAUCAAUGGCGUGGGCUUGUUAAAUAUUGGAAGUCCAAAAAAGGAAGGGCCCUUGCUGAGAAGAACAUAAUUAGUCGUUCCCUCGUGAAGGAUUCACAUAAUGCUGGCACAAAGAGUUAUGCUUGUUGGGGCGAAGACAUGAGGCAAGCUGAUCCUGAAAAGAAACGACCACACAGAUCAAAGGUUUAUUUAGCAACUCACAAGAAGAAGGACGAUGCUGAUGCUAAAAAUAAAGAUAGAAAUAAGCGCCUGGAUCGAUUGGAGAAUCUAAUAACCGAACGACCAGAGUUGGCACAAAAUUUGAAUGGAAGAGUCGCAUGGGAAGGUGAUGCCCUGCAGGAAGUGUUAGGGAAAGAAAAGAUUGGACAAGUGCAUGGCAUGGGUUUGCUUCCAACUCCUAAGCAAGUCUACGGUCGGACGCCACGGUAUCUAAAGAACAUCAAUAUGACUACAACUGAUGGAUCACCAUAUGAAGUUGAACAUGGCGUUUGGGAGGUAAUAGCAAAGAUGAAGGAGCAUAUAAAAAAGCAAGACCAGAUUAUUAAAGAUAUGAAUAACAAAGAAGGCUAUGUCAAUAAUGGCAUAGAAGAGGAAAACCUCCAAUCAAAUGAUAAUGGUAUUUCUCGGUCACCAGUACUGCUUGGUAAAACAAAGAGAAUCCAGUGCAAUGGACCCAUUGAGGCACGCUCGUCUAUGCAACAUGACAUUCCUGAGGAUAAUAAUUUAUCAUGUUCGCAUGAAAAGGUUGGCGACCAUGAUGUCAACCAAUUACAAAUUCAACAAAAUUCAUCAACACCACAAGACCUUGUUAUUGAUUCUGUGCUAGAGGUGAGGGAAAUGAGGAAUAUUACGGGUGAAUCUGUUUCAAGACCGAACCAGCAAAGGACUAGAACUGAACACCCACACCGCUCAAAAAGAAGGCGUUCUUCUUCCAUCAAGGCUGCUUCCAAAGUAGUCUUAAAGACUUCAACAUAUCCCAACAAGCGGAAUGUUGCGUAUGGUACUAUUCGGAGUACUGAUCGAAGAACUAAGGCUGGUGGUAUUGAGUUAGGUGCUGAAUUUGCUCUUGUGCGCAUAGACGAACCUAUUCUUGAUAAUGAGGAGUUGGUAAGGGAAGUUUCUGAUUGCAAGACAAUUGGCGAGGCUUUCACUUCAGGAUACUUAAUUGCCUGGCCUUCAACUUUUAUUCGAGAGAAGGAUGGUUGAUUUGCUGUUGAAUUCUUGGAUCAAGAAGCAAAUAAAAUCUGAAGAUUUUAGCUACCAAUAGUUGUAGUUUAAAUUGAUAGAUUUAAAAGUGUAAUAUCAUCCUGAAGAUCUUUCUCUUUCAUCGAAUUGAUGCAAAUGCGACAGUGUAAUAUUCCCCAUAGUUGUGUUUUUUAUCCUCAAAAUUACAUGACUGGUAUCUUUUAUUG